GUCAGAAACUAUUCAAUAGACGCUGAACCGAUCUUCAAAAUGAUCAGGCUCCCAUGUCGAUAUGUUCUUACUGCAUUGGGGUUUGUCGGAUUCGUCUUCAAUUAUACACUAAGGAUUAAUAUCAAUCUUAUCAUAACAUCGAUGACAAAAUCAAAAACUAAUACUAAUACUACUACUACAGAAUUAGAGGAAAACUUGUUUGAUUGGGACAACACAGCACAGACAAUUAUAAUGAGUUCUUUUUACUGGGGAUAUGUAGUUUUCCAAAUGCCAGGAGGGAGAAUGGCGGAGAUAAUUGGUGGAAAAAAGGUGAUAGGAGCUGCUCUAGGGUUAACCGCAGCUCUUACCCUUUUAAUACCUGAAGCAGCAAAACUAGGAGGAUUUUCAGCACAAGAUUUUCCCUAUUAUCUUGUAGCAAUCAGGGUUAUUAUGGGAUUGUGUGAAGGGGUCACCUUCCCUGCUAUGACAAGUAUGAUGGCCCGAUGGGCUCCAGCCAGUGAAAGAUCAAGAAUGACAUUCCUUGUAAUGGCGGGAGGACAGAUCGGAACUAUUGUUGGAUUUUUUAUAUCCGGAAUAAUUGUUGAUUAUCUAGGAUGGGAAGCUGCUUUUUAUAUUGAAGGAGGAGCUACAUUUGUAUGGUUAGCACUUUGGAUAUUCUUGAUCUCAGACACCCCAGAUACACAUCCUUAUAUUUCUAAAGCGGAGUUAGAAUAUAUAAAGAAAGAGCUACCAGCUACAAGAGAAAAAAGCCUUCCAAUACCAUGGCGCUCUAUGCUCACAUCAAUGCCGCUGUGGGCUAUCUUUGUGGCAAAUGUUGCAAACAAUUGGGGCUUUCAUCUACUCAUGACAGAACUGCCACAAUAUUUGAAAGAAGUGUUUCCUGAUUAUAUGGAAAAAUCGUCUGUAAUUGGUCUUUGGACAGCAAUACCAUACUUCAGCAUGUGGUUGUGUGGAUUUGUUUUCUCAUUUAUCUGUGAUUUUCUUAUUAAAUGGAACAUUCUAUCUGUUAAGAACUCAAGGAAAUUGUUUAACACACUUUCUCAAACCGGUCCUGCAAUAUGCCUUCUCAUCAUUGUUCUUUCUGUAUCAAACGAAGAGCCUAAUCUAGAACUUACUUUGGCUGUAUUCACGAUUGGAGUAUCUUUAGAAGGUGCUUUGUAUUCAGGAUUUAUUACCAAUCCUCAAGAUAUUGCCCCAAAUUUUGCAGGAACUGUCCUUGGAAUUACCAACUGUGCAGGAGCUGUUCCCGGUUUUGUGGCUCCUUUGAUUGCGACAAGUUUUGUCAAUGAUAACCCAUCUGAUGUCGAUUUGUGGGCACCAGUCUGGAUAAUUGCCAUUGCAAUUUUAGUUGCAGCUUCGUUAUUCUAUAUAAUAUUUGCUGAUGGUGUCCCUCAAGAAUGGAAUUACUCUGAAGAGGAGAAACAAGAAAAACAGGCAGCUUAGUACUUUUCCUAUGCGUACUUUGAGAGUAAACAUUUUUCUAAUUAAAUAUGAAAUACAUUCGGAAACUGA